UCCAGUCCCUUUGGAAUUUACAUCAACUGACUUGCAACAAAUGACAGGGAUUUUCCCAGAUAUCCCUUCAAAGCUAUUUUCCUGGUUCUGCUUCUCUCAGCAGACUUUACCUCCUAGUGAUACUUAAGAUUGAAUUGCAGUGCUGUUGAAUGUCGAACAGCUAUGGCGCUGAAACUGCAGAAGUUUAAUGUAUGGCCUUGGCAGACUAUGUAAAGAACUGAGAUUGGUCACCAUAAACAAAGAACUUGAAGGUAUCGAUUUUGUCUUUUUGUUUUCAGAGGGUCCAUAUGGAAUAUUUGCUGGCAGAGAUGCCUCCAGGGGACUAGCAACUUUCUGUCUAGAUAAAGAUGCACUCAGAGAUGAAUAUGAUGACCUAUCGGACUUAAAUGCUGUACAGAUGGAAAGUGUAAGAGAGUGGGAAAUGCAAUUUAAAGAAAAAUACGACUACGUAGGUAGACUCCUAAAACCAGGGGAAGAACCAUCAGAAUACACAGAUGAGGAAGAUACCAAGGAUCACACUAAACAGGAAUGAACUUUGUAAACAACCAAAGUCAGGGGCCUUCGGAACUGCAACCUCUUAUUCCCCAUCACAGAAUGUCCUGCAUCUUUGGGUACAGUUCAUCUGCUGCGAAAAACAUUCAACAGGUUUUGUACAAGGAAAAUAAUAUACUCACAAAUGAAGAUUUGAAUACUAGACAUUAUUUGUGCUGCCAAACUUUUUGUUGCAGUUUAUUUGUAAUGUCUGGUUAGGCUUCGUUAGUGAAGAGGGGCCAGGGAUUUAAAGGCAAAAACGCUAUUCCUUUUUAUCAGUAAGCUGAAGCCUUCAAAUAAAUAGUAUAUACUACAAGCUCUCUAAAAGACGUGAGUCUUCAAGCUCAGUGGAAGGUUUGAAUUUUGUUUCGUGUGUGUCUUCUCCUUCAGCAUUAAAGCCAGAUGUACUCAUGUACAUCAGUAUCAGUAGGUUAGACUACUGAAACUGGUGUUAAAAUGUGAAUUUCCAAUUUUGUUUUGUACGUGGGCGUUUAGUAGCCCUGGCAGAAUACUUCAGUUCUCUAAGAGAAGUCCAUCUAGAUUAGGAUGGGGGUAAAAUUCAUCCUUUUCUCAAAAGGAUUGGGUAAAACUGUUUCCUCUGCAACAACUAUUAUCUGAAGCCUGCCUCUCCCCCCUUUUCCCAUCCUCUAAAUCAAAUCAAAUCAAAUAUUAAUUGUGCCUUAUUUCGCUUACAUAGACUUGAAUUGUUUUAAGGGACAGCCCCAAAAUUGUGGUUUCAUAGUCACUACAAGCAGCAUUGAGACUGAAGUCAGAAUGUUCUGUUGACUGGAAAACCUUGAUGUCAUUCUGUGUAUAGAAUGUAAAAGAGGAAUACUCAGUGUUACUGCCAUAUGUUAAUACUACAUAUACUUAAAUUAGCAUUGUGAUGGCCAAACGCAUACUCCCAUGCUUCUUUUUAAGUAAUUACAAACACACAAAAAAGUCACCCUUCCUCCUCUUCCAGAAGCUGCCUAACUUUUGGGAGCGUAGCCUUCACACCCCGUAGAGUGAAGGGGCGUGCGCGCGUGUGUAUGUGUGCGUGUCUGUCUGAAUGCAAGACUUGGGAGGGUUUGUUUCUGCAGAUAUUGUAAAUACGAGUACCAUUUUAAUAAAGCAUGUACAAUACCAAA